CGCGGGGCGGGCCCGGGCCUGGCGCGGGCUGGAGGAGGCGGCUCCGGGCCGUGGGAGCGGCUGUGUGCCCAUGGCGGCCGCGGCGGAGGGGACGCCCGAGGCCGGCGCGCAGCCCGUCAAGCAGGAUCCUGCUGUUGAAACUGCAGAGGAAGCUAAGGAGCCAGCAGAAGCAGAUAUCAAUGAACUCUGCAAAGACAUGUUCAGCAAAAUGGCCACUUACCUGACAGGUGAACUGACAGCCACCAGUGAAGACUACAAACUCUUGGAAAACAUGAAUAAGCUGACUAGCUUGAAGUACUUAGAAAUGAAAGAUAUUGCUAUAAACAUCAGUAGAAAUCUGAAGGAUUUAAACCAAAAAUAUGCUGAUCUUCAGCCAUAUCUGGAACAGAUAGACCUAAUUGAGGAACAGGUCGCAGCUCUGGAGCAGGCAGCUUAUAAAUUGGAUGCAUAUUCCAAAAAACUUGAAGCCAAGUACAAAAAACUGGAGAAACGAUGAAAUUACAAUAGUCUGUAAGCUGGAGUUGGGCAGCACAUCGGACUGAUCUCUGGUUUUGCACAACAGCAAUUCUGUUGACAAGGAUUUGGUUUACAGCUGACAUGGAGACUGGGACAUUUUCCAGCUAUUGGUAGGCUGUAUUCAGGCUUAAGGCUGAAUAAUAUUUUCCUCUUCUCAAGGGGUACUGUUGCCUCAGUUCUGCAGUGAAAAAUAGAAGCCUGUCUUUAACUCAUGUCGAUAUUGGCUAUAUGUGUGUUAGUCCUGUUUUCCACAUGAAAUACUCAGUCUAGGGAAAGUCUUCUGUAAUCUGUAAAGACAUUUUCCCUUAGUAGCAGCAGGACCUAAACUUCAAUUUUUCCUUCAUUGAGCUCUGUGCUGGGAAGAUACCUGGACCUUUGGACUUAAUGGGUGGAGUAUUGAAAACACUUCAUUUUGGUGUCCCCUUUUAUCUGUUUGAAAUAGAGAGACUAAUUACAAAUUUACAAUAAACUUGCUGAAUAUA